UAUUUAUUGUGUGUGUGUUUGCUGAUUAAAGCUCAGGGAAGUCACCCAGUAAUUGUGAUGGAGAGUUAUGAUAACUUCAGAGGGAUUAAUCUAGUGUGUGAGUCCAGAGGCUGGAAACCUGAACCUGAGGUUCUGUGGCUGGACAGAGAAGGAGCCACUCUGCCUGCUGAACAUACGCUAAUACACAGAGACACUGAGGGCUUCGGUGUGAAACGCUGCAUCACUGUUUAUGAUUCUAGUGACUCCAACAGGUUUUACUGCAGACUUCUUCAAAAACAUCACAUGAUGGAGGCAGAGGUUAUCAUUAAUAGUAAAGUCUUUGAUGCUUGGAAGUGGAUUGGUGGAAUUUUAGGUUCAGCAUGCCUUAUUGCUGUUGGAUUGAUAUUUACUGCAGCGGUUUGUCACAAAAAAGGGAUGCAGAUACAGCGGCUGGAAUAUGAGAUGCAGAAAGAGAAGCAGUACACAGAGCUGCAGAGACAGAACAUGGAACAAGAGUUAGGAAAGAAAAAGCAGUAUGCAGUGGAUGUGACUUUGGAUCCUGAUACAGCUCAUCCAUAUCUCAUCCUGUCUGCUGAUGGAAAACAAGUAACACAUGGAGAUACAGAACAGGAUCUUGCUGAUACACAAAAGAGGUUUACAUAUUAUCCCUAUGUUCUAGGAAAGGAGAGUUUCUUCUCAGGGAGAUUUUAUUAUGAGGUGCAGGUCAGAGGGAAAACUAAGUGGGUAUUAGGUGUUGUAAGUGAGAACAUUAGCAGGAAGGGGGAGGUUACAAUGAAACCUCAGACUAGAUUCUGGACUUUGGGGCUGAGGAAUGAGAAUCAGUACAGGACUCAUGCUAAUACUGAUGUGCUUCUCACACUGAGAGAGAAUGUAGAGGUGGUGGUGGUGUUUGUGGAUUAUGAGGAGGGUCUGGUAUCUUUUUAUGAUGUGAAGUCCAGCUCUCAUAUAUACUCUUUCAUUGCCCAGUCAUUCACUGAGAAGAAACUCUAUCCUUUCUUUAGUCCUGGUUUAAAUAAAGGAGGUAAAAAUUCAGCACCACUGGUCAUCUCUCCUAUAAUUUCCUAUAAUCUUGUAUAUAACUGAAUAAAUUUCUCCUGUAAUUUAGACUAAAUGAAUUUUCGCCUUACAAAUUUAAUCCUCUGUUUUACUUCAGAUUUUAUUAUGAUCAAUACAAUGUAUUAAGUUCAGCUGCUGAUGUCUAUGUAGAUAAAAAAGGCACUGUUUAAAAAAAAAUGAAUAAAUCUGAUAUCUGCCAAUUGCUGGUGCAGGGAAGUGGUGGCUCAUCCGUUAAGGCAGCUCUUAGUUGCUGAUUUUUUAAUUAUUAUUUUUUAUUUGUUUGUUUUUUUCUUGUCUAAAUGUUUUUGAGAGAAAAAGCGAGAGAGAGAGAGAGAGAGAGAGAGAGAGAGAGAGAGAGAGAGAGAGAGAGACAGAGAGAAAACCUAUUCACUGUUACUGGUUUAGUGUACAGUGAUGUUUAAAAGUGUUGUCUCAUCGUCUUCACACGAAAACCCCACAUUGAGAGUUGUCUAAUCUAAUAUAAAUUGUGUAACUAACAGUCACCACACACAUGCUGAGCUACAUUUAAAUCCAAAUCCGAAAUCCAAAGUGAUUUUAGAGAGAGGAGGCUUUCACAGCUGUUAGAGCAGCUGAAAUCUCUGAUUUUGAAUUUGACUCACUUGUAUAAAGGAUAGUGAUUAUAGCUAACAAAACUAUCAUAUGUGAUUCUUACACAUUUACCUCAAUUUACUAUGAUGCUUUUAAACAAUUAUUACCAGUUUAUGAGGAGUGUAACAUUCUGUAGCACAAGCAUUAAUUUACAAGCCAUAACUUAGUUAUUAAAAAUGCUAACAUUACCCUACUGCUGAUGAAAGUAGUCAUUCUCUAAAAAUGUUAGAUAUUAAUCAACAUAUUUAUCCACACUUUGUUGGUUUCAUGUGAAAUUUUGCAUAGAUUAUUAAAUACUACUACUGACUUGUAUAGCACUAAAUUGUUUCAUGAAACAUACCUGAGAAAACUUUUGGUCUUUUAGACCAAAGAAUCGGGUGGGAAUUAAAAAUUUUCUACAAACAUACACAGGCUUUCUAGACUCAGAAUAUAAUAGAUUCUUGUCAUAUACACUAAAUUUGGUGUAUUUGGUGUACAUUUUGAUCCAGAAGAAAGGAAUAUUGUACGGCAACCUGCUAAAAAUUUGGGAAAUUAUGAAAUAUUAUAUUGAACUCAGCAAAUUGACCUGAUUUCACUUUAUGGCCACUGAAAUUUGUGCAAGUUGUGGCCUUGUAAAACCUGCAGAAUCUCAUGGCUGAGCAUUUCGCUAUACUGAUUUGAGCCAGAUUCAGACAAAGGUUGAUGUCAUGCCAUAGGUAGCAUAUACCUAUGGGUCUAUAUAUAACAUAGGUCCAUAUUCAACCUUAUCCUCAUAUCUUAUACCUUCAGUACAUUUAGCCAUACAACAGUUAUGAAUUAAAAAUAAGAAAUAGAUGAGAAUUUGGGAUUGAAUGUUUAUUUGAGAGAAUGACACCCAAGCACAAAGAAACAAAGCGGUCUGUAGGAGCAAAUUUUUGAGAUACGAGCAUCCAAGCCGCCGCCGCCGCCGCCGCCGAAACAAAGAUCCCCAACAACCACGUGUGCUCUGUUUCUCCCGCCUCAGCUUCCCGCGUCUCACUCGGUUAAAGCCGCCUUUCCACUGCACACGACAAACGACGGCCGAUAAACAGGAAGUCAUUCAUUUCCUAUGUAGAGUCUCAAAGGCACUGCGUGAGGUGCCGACCAUCUGCGUGAGGUGCCGACCAUCUGCGGAUCCGUAAUUUUCGGAUCCGUUUUGAGCGUUGGAUCCGUUAAAAAUUUGAACUUGUGCGACUACACCGCAUCUGAUAUGCCGACCGGACAGGUUUUUAUUAAAACGACCGGCAGAUGUUAGUGAGGAAAGAGUGACAAAAAAGGCAAAAACAAGUGAAGAAAAAUGCGAUGAAGAAAAUUAAGCAAAAUUAAUGCUGCACCAUGGUAUAAUAGUCAUACUCACACCCUCAAGAGAGAAACCCGUAACCUCGAGUGAAAGUGGAGAAAAACUAAAUUAGAGGUUUUUAGAAUUGCAUAUAAGAACAGUAUGUCCAGCUACAGUACUGAAUAGACAGGCUCUAAAAGCUGCUAGGGCUGAGCACCUGAGCAAACUCAUAGAAAAUAACCAGGCAGAACAAUCCCAGGUGUUUAUUAAGCACAGUGGCUAGAUAAAAAAACAACAGCAAUCUGAACACACUAUUCCAUCACAGUUCAGUAGUGAGGAUUUUAUGAGCUUCUUCACUGAUAAAAUUGAAAGCAUCAGGAAAAAAAUAGGUGAUGUUCAACAUGUGCGAGCACCUUGUGACCCAGUCUCACCUAAAGUUCUACACUCACAACUACAGUAAUUUAUAAGUACAGGACAGAAAGAGUUAGAUAAGCUUAUUACUACAGCUAAACCAACAACUUGUUCACUAGACCCCAUUCCAACUAAAUAACAGAAAGAAGUAUUACAUAAAGCUGGUGAGCCUCUUCUUAACAUUAUUAACUCAACGCUAUCUUUGGGUUAUGUCCCUAAAUCUUUUAAGUUGGCAGUUAUUAGGCCCCUCAUUAAGAAACCUAAUUUAGAUCCUAAUGAACUAUCAAAUUACAGACCUAUUUCACACCUUCCGUUUGUCUAAAAUACUAGAAAACGUUUAGUCUGUUCAACUGAGCUCCUUCUUACAGGAGAACAAUAUCUUUGAAGAGUUUCAGUCAGGUUUUAGGCCCCAUCAUAGCACAGAAACUGCACUUGUGAAAGUUACGAAUGACUUGUUCCUAGCAUUCGGACCAAGACUGUAUGUCCCUAUUAGUUCUCCUUGACCUUAGUGCUGCAUUCGACACUAUAGAUCACAACAUUCUCCUAGAUCACUUACAAAAUUACACAGGUAUUCAUGGACAGGCUUUAAGUUGGUUUAAAUCCUACCUGUCCAAUUGAUACCAUUUUGUAGAAUUAAACGGUGAAUCCUCCAGUUUAUUGCCAGUUAAUUAUUGGGUCCCUCAAGGGUCAGUCCUAGGACCUCUGCUUUUUUUUUCGAUAUACAUACUUCCAUUAGGGAACAUUAUUAGAAGACAUGGAAUUAAUUUCCACUUUUAUGCUUACAAUACACAGUUAUAUAUCUCAAAACCAGAUGAAAUAUAUAAAUUGUCCAAAUUAACUCGGUGCCUUAGAGAGAUAAAAGAUUGGAUGAGCUGUAAUUUUCUGUUGUUAAACUCAGAUAAGACAAAAAUACUACUUAUCAGUUCAAAAACCCGUAAACAGAAACUCUCACAAUUCAACUUCCAUUUAGAGGGAUGUUCUGUCACUAGUAGCUCGACAGUGAGAGACCUGUUUGUUAUAUUAGACAGCAACUUGUCUUUUGAAAAUCUUAUCGGCCAUACUACAAAAAUAGCAUUCUUUCUUCUUAGAAAUAUUGCCAACCUGAGAAACAUCCUGUCUGUAUCUGAUGCUGAGAAGCUAGUUCAUGCUUUCAUGACCUCUAGACUGGACUAUUGUAAUGCAUUACUAGGUGAUUGUCCUGCAUCUUUAAAAAAAUAGGCUACAGUUAGUCCAAAAUGCAGCUGUCAGAGUUCUAACUAGGACAAGAAAGUAUGAUCAUAUAACCCCAAUUUUAUCAUCUCUACACUGGCAACCUGUUAAGUUUAGAACUGAUUACAAACUGCUGCUACGAACAUACAAGGCUCUUAAUGAUUUAGCUCCCAUGUAUCUAACUAGUUUUCUAACACGUUACAAUCCUUCACGCUCUAUGUGAUCACAAAACUCAGGACUUCUGGUAGUUCCCAUAAUAUCUAAGUCUACUAAAAGCGGUAGAGCUUCUUCUUAUUUAGCUCCCAAAUUUUGGAAUAAUCUUCCUGAGUGUUCGGGGCUCAGACACACUUUCCCAGUAUAAAUGUAGCUUAAAAACUCAUCUCUUUAGUCAGGCAUACACAUAAUACUGUACAUCCCAUAAUAUUGUGCUCUAUUACAUCAGACUUGCACAUUUCAUGGACAGCAGAUAUGUUAAACCCUCUCCACUGCUUCUCUCUUUCUACCCAUCCCGAGGCACCCAGAAAUUGUACCAGCUCCGAUCGUCUUCCAUGCGAUGAAGAUUUUGGACCUCCACUGAGAUGAGGCCGACUCUGCGAGUCCUGAAGCAUCUAGAGAUCUACCAGCUCCAGUGGGACUCUGCUAUACUAAAGAGGAGAUGUGAACUCCAUGUGAUCUUUUGCAUCAUUACAACAUUUGAUUGACUGUAUAUUUAUAAUCACAAAAAUGAGGAUGGGUUCCCCUUUGAGUCUGGUACCUCUCGAGGUUUCUUCCUUUAUCAUCUAAGCGAGUUUUUCCUUGCCACUGCUGCCUGAGUCACCUCAGACUUGCUCAUUGAUAAAUACAUACACAUUGUGAACUAAAUAGAGCUAAUAUUAAUCUUGAAUUUUGUAUUCUAUUAAUCGUUAUGUUUGUCAGAACUCAGCCUGGACUUUGGCCACGUGCACUUGUUUACGAUCCCUGUCACAUGUCUGCCCCGCCCUUGUUUACUCCUCCCCGUCUCUGCACACCUGUUCCUCAUGUGUUCAUUGUAUUUUCUAUUUAACUGUGCCAUAGGCAAUGUGGAAUCAAGGCUUCUGUUGUUGUCUUAUGUCUGUGUUCCUGUUUCAUGUUUUUAUUUCAUUAAAACCUGUUUAUUUUUAUACUAUCCUGCAUUUGUGUCUGUUUUUACCCCCGCGUUACUUGCAGAAGGAUUCCGAAACAUCAAGACUCAGCAGGAUAGCGUCAGCCUGGACCGGCUUUCUGUGGGAGUAAUUUUUUUUUUCUUAGGACUGUUUUUUUUGCUUUGGAUUUUUGUUUUGUGUGUAAUAUGGGUCCGCAUUUUUUCCGGUUAGGGACGCCGCUCCUCUUCCGGUAUUCGGCGGGAGACGUCGCCUCACUUCCUGGUUGCGGUUCAUGUCACCAGGCCGAGAUUUUUUUUUGUUUUUCUCGGUGUCCUGCGACAUCGCCCCGCACCUGUCCAGUGGGGGACGUCGCUCCACUUCCUGGUUUUCCCAUGGAAGUGGGGUGGGGGGGUUGGGGGUUGCAGGCCCGCAUGUUUUGCCCUAGGGGGAUUUUGUUUAUUUAUUUAUUUAUUUAUUUGCCCCAUGGUGGAGGAUUUUCCCCCCUCCCUUUUUCUGGUUUUCUAGACUCAUGUAGGGGGUUGCUUGACCCUUCAGCUCAGCUGUGGACGUUGCUUGGCCCUUCAGCUCGGCGGUGGACGUCGCGUCGCCCUUCAGCUCAGCUGUGGAUGUCGCGUCGCCGCCGUGUAUGGUCCCCCCAUCUUGUCGGGAUUGUGGUCCCCUCGGAUAUUGCUAUGGAUACUGGAUUGGCGCGUCGGGAGCCGCACCUUGAGGAGGGGUACUGUCAGGACUCAGCCUGCACUUUGGCCACGUGCGCUUGUUUAUGUUCCCUGUCAUAUGUCUGCCAGCCCCCCAAACCCCUCCGUUUACUCCUCCCCAUCUCUGCACACCUGUUCCUCAUGUGUUCAUUGUCUUUUCUGUUUAACUGUGACGUGUCUUCUGUUCCUUGUCUGUUCCUUUUCUGUUCUCUGUUCCUUGGAAUCCUUGUCUUCUGUUGUCGUCUUAUGUCAUCUCGUGUCCGAUCUGGUAUUGCCUGUGUCCCUGUUUCAUGUUUUUAUUUCAUUAAAACCGGUUUAUUUUUAUGCUA